AUGGACCUGAUAGUGGAAUUUCCCAAAGCGGAACCCACAACCAACCUAUCUAUACCACCACGACCACCACACAACCACGACCUGGUACCAUCCCACGGAGCCUAUCCACACAACGAAAGCACAAUGCCCCCAACAACCGAACCCCAACCCAAGAACGAAACAAAACACUACAACCCCUACCCCCCAAAACCCACCAAACCGACCACACAAACCCAAAAACCAACCCGAAAACGCCACCACCAAGAAGGAAAACCCCCUACAAACAGAUGCUGGGACUGGCUUCUCCUCCCAGCAACAAGCAACACGCACUUCGCCAAGAACCGCGCGUCCUUCGAGACAUACCGACGGGCGCCGUGCAAGAUCGCCAACCAGCGGGUGCUGGGCGUGGGGACGGUGCAGCUGCGGGUGCGGCGGGCGCCGAACGAUGCGCGCACGACGACGCUGGUGCUGCAUGAUGUGCUGCAUAUGCCGGAUGCGCGGUGUAAUGGGGUGAGUGUUGCCAAGUAUACGGGGGAUUUGAGUGCAGAGUAUGGGGUUGGGGGGCGGAGGGGGAGUGAGGAACCGGCGGAGGGGGAGGAACCGGGGCAGAGGCACGCACACGCGGAGGGGCAUGGAGAGGAUGAUACCACAAUCCUCGAGGGUGCGGAGGUGGUUGUUGGGGUGGAAGGGGAAGGCGAUGCUGAGCAUCUCCAGGUUAGGCGGGCGAGUACCAGUACUAUUAGCAGUGUGGGGAGUGCGGAAACCGAAACUUGUCCAGGGGAAGGGCUGUGGUUUGCAGACAGAAGGCCUGAGACCGGAUGCUCGAGGGUCGUGUUGGCUGGGGAGCAUCAAAUGCUGGAUAUCGGGGAUUUGGAGAACGAGAAGAUGUUGAGGGGUCUUGUGAUCUCGAAGGAGGAAUUGGAGGUGCUGAAUGAGAGGAUCAGGAAUCGAUCGUGGGUUUGAAAAAUGACACACAGGAAUUUCAUUAUUGCAGUUAGUUAUGGGGUAUUGUAUAGCGUCAG